AUGCAAAAUGGAUCAAAUGGUGUGAACGGCCUUGAGAGCCGUAUGGGCUCUAUGGGCAUCGCAGAAAAACCUGCCUAUGUACCGCCCCAUCUUCGUGCAAAGCAACAAGCUGCUGCUGCUGCACCUCCUGUAGCAGCUCGUGCACCUGCCACGAACGGACACGGACUUGGAGCUGCUGCUCCUCCUUUCGUCCCACGACCUGCUGGCGCUGCUUCCUGGGAUGUCGAGACGCCCCGAUCGAGCGGAUUCGGCUCUCGUGGCGGUGGCUCGGGCGGAUUUGGCGGCAGACGGGCAGGCGCUGGCGUAGGUGCUUGGCAAGACGGCAAGCACAUCAUCGGCGAGGCGAGCGUGCGUAUGCAGAAGGAGCUCUUUGGCGAUGCUGGCGAUCCUUCGAAGCAGCAGACGGGCAUCAACUUUGACAAGUAUGCAGACAUCCCCGUCGAGGCGACGGGCAGCAAUGUGCCUCCACCUAUCACCACUUUCUCGGGUGACUAUCUCGAUGCUCACCUGCUCAGUAACAUCGAGCUUGCAUACUACAAGACACCCACGCCCGUGCAAAAGUACUCUGUGCCUAUCGUCGCUGCCGGUCGAGAUCUCAUGGCUUGCGCUCAAACGGGCUCAGGCAAGACGGGUGGCUUCCUCUUCCCCAUCCUGUCAGCCUCUUUCAAGGCAGGUCCUCGUGCCGUGCCAGACACUGGCGCAGGCAACUAUGGUCGCCCCAGCUUUCGAAACAAGAAAGCCUACCCGACCGGGCUCAUCCUCGCACCGACGCGUGAGCUCGUCUCUCAGAUUCACGACGAAGCUCGCAAGUUUGCCUAUCGAUCUUGGGUCAGACCCGCCGUCGUCUACGGAGGUGCAGACAUCGGCUCUCAGAUCAGAGCACUCGAGUCUGGCUGCGAUCUUCUUAGCGCCACGCCAGGUCGACUGGUGGAUCUCAUCGAGCGUGGCAGAAUCUCACUGGCCAACAUCCAAUACCUCGUCCUCGACGAAGCCGAUCGUAUGUUGGACAUGGGUUUCGAACCUCAGAUCCGCAGAAUCGUCGAAAAGGAAGAUAUGCCUGGCGUCAUGGAUAGGCAAACGCUCAUGUUCAGCGCCACCUUCCCGCGCGAGAUCCAAUAUCUCGCAAAGGACUUCCUCAAGGACUACGUCUUCCUCUCUGUCGGUCGUGUAGGAUCCACAUCCGAGAACAUCACGCAAAAAGUGGAGUACGUCGAGGACGAGGACAAGCGAUCCAUGUUGCUGGACGUGCUCUAUGCCAUCCCGCCCGGAGGUCUCACGCUUAUCUUUGUCGAGACAAAGCGUAUGGCAGACAUGCUCGAAGGUUUCCUUCGCCAGAACCAGAUCGAGGCCACCUCCAUCCACGGCGAUCGCUCUCAGCGUGAACGAGAGUACGCACUCGAGACGUUCAGAACCGGCCGUACGCCCGUCAUGGUUGCCACCGCCGUCGCUGCUCGAGGUCUCGAUAUCCCCAAUGUCACCCACGUCGUCAGCUACGACUUGCCAUCCGAUAUCGACGACUAUGUCCAUCGCAUUGGUCGUACCGGCCGUGCUGGCAACACUGGCAACGCUACCGCCUUCUUCAACCGUGGCAAUCGCAACAUCGCUCGCGAUCUGAUUGAGCUGCUCAAGGAAGCGAAGCAAGAAGUCCCAAGCUGGCUGGACGCUGUCGCUCGCGAGGGUGGCGGUUCGUUCGGUGGCGGUCGUGGACGUGGCGGCGGUGGCCGUGGACGUGGCGGCGGUCGCAAUACAGAUUUCCGGAAAGGUGGUGGCUUUGCGCCUGCGCCUAGCGCGGGCUAUGGCAUGUCGAACGGCUACGGAGGUCCAUCUCGCGGCAAUAUGGGUUUCGCCAUGGCCCCUGGCGGAUCCUAUGGCGGCAGCUAUGGCGGUGGUGGCGCACCUACCGGCCAGUCCUGGUGUAACAUCGCAAUUGCUAGACGUAAGGACGACGCGCCUUUUACUUCUGUUCGCUCGUGUACUCCAAACCUCAUCUCAACACGCCCUCUGACUAGACCGAAACGACGCUACGCUGCAUCGCAACACGAAGAUACCAUCUACAACAAUAGAAGCUUGUCCGUGUCAUGA